CAUGGUAGAAACGUUAUUCUGCUCUGGGUGCUCGAUGACACUUGGUAACAUCUACAGGUGUACCCCAAAGCACCUCGACUACAAAAGGGAUUUGUUCUGUUUCAGUAUUGACUCAAUUGAAAGUUACAUUCUAGGAUCCUCAGAAAAGCAAGCUCUUACUGAUGAGGAGCCUCUAACUCUUGAAAGUCGGGCUGCCUUGGAAGAUGUGCUACAAAGGGCUGACACUGUAUUAAAGUCUCUGGAAACAAGAAUGACUGCUCUUGAAUCAAGUAUGGCUUCUCUUCACAAAGAGUGA